CUUUUUAAUGUUGCGCAUGCGCAGUGCGUCGAACUGAGUCAGGCUCCUCGACGGCUGAAGAGCGCAGAGUGAUGAGAGCAGAGAGAAGAUCUGCAGCCAGCGAUCACUCUCCCGUCUGCCUGGUUAUGACAGAUGUGAAGCAUGACUUCUUGCUCAGAAAUCUGUGGGUCGGAUUAUGCUGAGCAGGGCCACGGUGCACUCAGCAGCGGUUACCAAGGUUACGGGGUGCGUUCCUACCUGCACCAGUUCUAUGAAGAGUGCACUGCCUCCAUCUGGGAGCGCGAUGAAGAUUUUCAGACACAGAGAUCGCCUAAUCGCUGGAGCUCUGUCCUCUGGAAGGUCUGUCUUGCGCUUGGAGCUCUCAUUCUGGUAGCCGGGUUGUCAGUGCUGCUGGUGGGCUAUGCCACUCCACCUCGGCUCGAAGCGUUCGGCGAAGACGAGCUGCUCUUCGUGGACGGCCGUGCCGUGCGUUUUAACCGCGCGCUGGACGCCUGUAAGCUGGCCGGAGCCGUCCUGUUCUGCGUCGGUGGCAGUGGUAUGGCGGUGGGAUUGCUGUUGGCUGCUUGCUCUCAGGGCACCUCUAAAGAAGAGCUGCGACUGCAACAACGUUUCAAAGAUCGUCUAGCCGAGAUCCAGGCCUCCGUUCAACCGAUCACCCGCGCCCCCACCCCGGGAGAGGGCAAGGUGCCCGUCACUCUCUCUAAGGUGCAGAGCGUCCAACCCGGGGCGGAGACCUGACCUCCGCCCCCCACACCUUUACAACCGAAACGACCCCGUUAAUAGCUAUAACCGGGUUUCGUGCAAAAGCAAACAACAGUUCCAGGAACAGUAGAGAUAGAUAAUAUUGCACUUUCUCUGAUGCGUAUCAUUCGUCUAUAUUGACCAAGAGUACCAAGAGUAUUUAUGGUGAUAAGGCAUUAAUGUAACCGUACCCUGUAGAUCAUCACGCCACUGGUAACCGGUGCUCCUGAAUAAAGAUAUACAGCACAAACAUACUCUACAUGCUACCGAUAACAACUGCUAGGCAACUAAACGGCUAUGAUCAGCAUUAGUUGGCUGUUCUUGAGAGCCACUUCUGAUAUAUUCUCGAGGCAUGUAGUCAUAUUUAGUCUACGUAUACUAAAACGUGCAUUAUCGAAUAAGCUCAAAUAAAAACUGAAGGAAUCAAAAUGAUCUCAGUCUCUUUCACAAGCUUUCCCUGUAUUGGUAACGGUAAAUAGAUUCGCAAUUUCCAACUUGAUAUAUGAGAGGGAGUCGUAUUACACAGUCAUUUGGUAAAACUCAUAAACAAGCAAAAUGAAAGUCUAUCAGGACCCUCUGUAUUACCGGAUAAUUCAUCAUUGCCGCCUUACAAACACUGUCAACAGAAGCGAUAACAAUAUUUCGUCGCUUGUUCGAAAUCUUCACAUCGGCUCAUUACUGUCACCUAGGGCACACGUAUUUUAAUGCUUUACCGUCUAUUGCUCCAGUCAAUCAAUAGUUACUUGACAGAAGGCAAUGUGUUUCAGACAGCCAAAGCCAAAACUCGCUCUCGAUAACAAACAUCUCUCCUUUCUGCUCAAAUACAUCAUCGCUCGCAAUGUCAAGGGCGAAAAUAGAUUAACGUCAAGAGAUGCCUGUGGGAUUAUGUAAUAUCCUCUCAUUGUGUAGCACUUAAUUCUUGCUGCAGCCUCCAUUUUCUCAAGAGGACAUUAGGCCCAGUCACUGUCUGUUGGUAAUUACACUCAUUGGAGCGCAGCCUGUUAAGAGUUUCGUGUGCUUGGGCUAAUGUUCUGGGACAAUGCCACUUUCUUGCUGUUUAUGUUUCUACCACUCUAUAUGGUGGGUUUCAUUUUUUUAUUUAGUUUUGUUUUUUAGUAUGAAUUGAAAGCAUAAUACAUCAAUGAUUUCGUGUAUUUGCUGUCUUACUGAUAGUUUACUUUGCUUAGUGCUUUGAAAGUUUUACCAUAUUUUGAAAGUUGCAUGAUCAGCCAUUUCAGAAAUUGUAGUAAACCGCUUUCAAGAAAGUUUGAUGAAAUGUAGCUGUUUAUUUUGAAUAUCCAUUGAAUGAAUUAAGAUGGGUAUAUUGUGGAAAAAUCAGUGCGGUGAAAUUUUUGAGGGUGUAAAAGCUUGUUAAAGGGAUAGUUCACUCAAAAAUGUAAAUUCUGUCAUCGUUUACUCAACCUCAAGUUGUUCCAAACUUGUAUACAUUUCUUUGUAUUUAGCAGAACAAAGGAAACCAAGCUGGGGCACCAUUGACUUACAUCGUAGGAAAAAUAUAUACUAAUGCAGUGAAUGGUGCCCCAGAUCUGUUUGGUCAUUAACAUUUUUCUAAAUAUUUGUGUUCAGCAUAUAUACAUUUAUACAGAUUUGGGACAAAGUAAAUGGUUACAGCAGCUCUGGAGCACCACUGACUUCCAUAGUAGGGAAAAUGUAUACUAAUGCAGUGAAUGGUGCCCCAGAUCUGUUUGGCCAUUGACAUUUUACUAAAUAUUUGUGUUCAGCAGAUCAUAUACAAUUAUACAGAUUUGGGACAAAGUAAAUGGUUACAGCAGAUCUGGAGCACCAUUGACUUCCAUAGUAGGGAAAAUGUAUCCUAAUGCAGUGAAUGGUGCCCCAGAUCUGUUUGGUCAUUAACAUUUUACUAAAUAUUUGUGUUCAGCAGAACAAAUACAUUUAGACAGAUUUGGGACAAAGUAAAUGGUUACAGCAGAUCUGGAGCACCAUUGACUUCCAUAGUAGAAAAAAAUAAUACUAAUGCAGGGAAUGGUGCCCCAUAUCUGUUUGGUUAUUAACAUUUUUCUAAAUAUUUGUGUUCAGCAGAACAAAUAAAUGUAUACAGAUUUGGGACAAAGUAAAUGGUUAUAGCAUAUCUGGAGCACCAUUGACUUCCAUAGUAGGAAAAAUGUAUACUAAUGCAGUGAAUGGUGCCCCAGAUCUGUUUGGUCAUUAACAUUUUUCUAAAUAUUUUUGUUCAGCAGAUCAUAUACAUUUAUACAGAUUUGGGACAACGUAAAUGGUUACAGCAUACAGUAUCUGGAGCACCAUUGACUUCCAUAGUAGGAAAAAUGUAUACUAAUGCAGUGAAUGGUGCCCCAGAUCUGUUUGGUCAUUAACAUUUUACUAAAUAUUUGUGUUCAGCAGAACAAAUACAUGUAUACAGAUUUGGGACAAAGUAAAUGGUUACAGCAGAUCUGGAGCACCAUUGACUUCCAUAUUCGAAAAAAAUAUAUACUUAUGCAGUGAAUGGUGCCCCAGAUCUGUUUGGUCAUUAACAUUUUACUAAAUAUUUGUGUUCAGCAGAACAAAUACAUUUAUACAGAUUUGGACAAAGUAAAUUGUUACAGCAGAUCUGGAGCACCAUUGACUUCCAUAGUAGAAAAAAUAAUACUAAUGCAGGGAAUGGUGCCCCAUAUCUGUUUGGUCAUUAACAUUUUUCUAAAUAUUUGUGUUCAGCAGAACAAAUACAUUUAUACAGAUUUGGGACAAAGUAAAUGGUUACAGCAGAUCUGGAGCACCAUUGACUUCCAUAGUAGAAAAAAAUAUACUUAUGCAGUGAAUGGUGCCCCAGAUCUGUUUGGUCAUUAACAUUUUUCUAAAUAUUUGUGUUCAGCAUAUAUACAUUUAUACAGAUUUGGGACAAAGUAAAUGGUUACAGCAGAUCUGGAGCACCAUUGACUUCCAUAGUAGGAAAAAUGUAUACUAAUGCAGUGAAUGGUGCCCCAGAUCUGUUUGGUCAUUAACAUUUUUCUAAAUAUUUGUGUUCAGCAGAACAUAUACAUUUAUACAGAUUUGGGACAAAGUAAAUGGUUACAGCAGAUCUGGAGCACCAUUGACUUCCAUAGUAGAAAAAAAUAAUACUAUGGCAGUAAAUGGUGCCCCAGAUCAGUUUGGUCAUUAACAUUUUUCUAAAUAUUUUUGUUCAGCAGAUCAUAUACAUUUAUACAGAUUUGGGACAAAGGAAAUGGUUACAGCAGAUCUGGAGCACCAUUGACUUCCAUAGUAGGAAAAAUGUAUACUAAUGCAGUGAAUGGUGCCCCAGAUCUGUUUGGUCAUUAACAUUUUACUAAAUAUUUGUGUUCAGCAGAACAAAUAAAUGUAUACAGAUUUGGGACAAAGUAAAUGGUAACUGCAGAUCUGGAGCACCAUUGACUUCCAUAUUCGAAAAAAAUAUACUUAUGCAGUGAAUGGUGCCCCAGAUCUGUUUGGUCAUUAACAUUUUACUAAAUAUUUGUGUUCAGCAGAACAAAUAAAUGUAUACAGAUUUGGGACAAAGUAAAUGGUUACUGCAGAUCUGGAGCACCAUUGACUUCCAUAUUCGAAAAAAAUAUACUUAUGCAGUGAAUGGUGCCCCAGAUCUGUUUGGUCAUUAACAUUUUUCUAAAUAUUUGUGUUCAGCAGAACAUAUACAUUUAUACAGAUUUGGGACAAAGUAAAUGGUUACAGCAGAUCUGGAGCACCAUUGGCUUCCAUAGUAGAAAAAAAUAAUACUAUGGCAGUAAAUGGUGCCCCAGAUCGGUUUGGUCAUUAACAUUUUACUAAAUAUUUGUGUUCAGCAGAACAAAUAAAUGUAUACAGAUUUGGGACAAAGUAAAUGGUUACUGCAGAUCUGGAGCACCAUUGACUUCCAUAUUCGAAAAAAAUAUACUUAUGCAGUGAAUGGUGCCCCAGAUCUGUUUGGUCAUUAACAUUUUUCUACAUAUUUGUGUUCAGCAGAACAUAUACAUUUAUACAGAUUUGGGACAAAGUAAAUGGUUACAGCAAAUCUGGAGCACCAUUGACUUCCAUAGUAGGAAAAAUGUAUACUAAUGCAGUGAAUGGUGCCCCAGAUCUGUUUGGUCAUUAACAUUUUUCUAAAUAUUUGUGUUCAGCAGAACAUAUACAUUUAUACAGAUUUGGGACAAAGUAAAUGGUUACAGCAGAUCUGGAGCACCAUUGACUUCCAUAGUAGAAAAAAUAAUACUAUGGCAGUGAAUGGUGCCCCAGAUCGGUUUGGUUAUGAACAUUUUAUAAAAUAAAUUAAUUUGCGUUUAGCAGAUCAAGGAAAUGUACAUGGGGGUGUAAACAUUUUUGGUGAACUAUCAAUUUAAUUUUAUAAACUUCUCACACAGAAACAGUACAACUUAUUAAAUAAUAUAAUCACUGCGAAAGCCCUAUUAAAAUCUAAAUAUACAGCAAUUAUCUGUUUUACAGUACAUGAACCUGGAGUUUGGUCAUUUUGUGUUUUAAAUGACAUAUUGGACACUGCGUUGAUUGUGACUUUACAGAGAUGUGUUGGUAAUUCUCACAAACUAUCAAAGGUUUUGGUUUGUGCCGUCUACUGUUGGAGAGGAGAGAUACUGUAUUAAAAAGGUUAUGGAACAGUUCUUACUUUACCAGAAUAAACUGUUUGUUACCGCA